UCGGAGCUGCAGCCAAGUUAGCAUAUCUCCCGCGCAUUGACAUCGGAAGAACUAAGUAAAAUCCACACCGACGAGCGACAUAAGACACACGAGUUAUCAAUUAAUUGCAAUAAUAAUAAUAGCAUUGCAAUCGUAGCAAUCACAACUGAAAUUCACAACAAUGCAGGCGAUUGCGUUUCACAAACUGUUACUACUGCUUCCGCUGGCGUUUUAUCAAUCAACAAAUGGUAUGGAGUGGAAUUACCUGAAGAAUGGCAAGGAUUGGGAGGACCUCUGCUCCUCCGGAAAACACCAAUCGCCGAUUUUGUUGGAUUCUAGAACGGCGCGCAAGUGGGUCUUACCUGGGAUCACUUUCUGGCAUUAUUAUAGGCUGCUUAAGCGUCCGUUUUACAUCAGAAACAAUGGGCACUCCAUUAGCUUGGACAUUCCCGUGACGAGCAAUGGAAGGAAGCCCUUCAUAACCGGCGGCCGUUUGAAGGGUCGUUACUAUGCCGAUGGACUUCACUUCCAUUGGGGGUCCUACAAAUCCCGCGGAUCCGAGCACUUGAUUAACAAGCGCCGAUUCGACGCAGAAAUCCAUAUUGUCCAUCGGAACGAGAAGUACAGAAAUAUUGCACAAGCCGUCCGUCAGAAAGAUGGUUUGGCUGUUGUCGCAAUCAUGGUGGCUAUUGUUAGGAAGGACAAUGCGAAAUCCACACCUUUGUCCAGGCUCAUGGAGGCAGUCGUACGGGUGCCGAUCGAAGACUCGAACGCCACUGUUUUUGGCCAAUCAAGCUUGGAUCAGUUGAUCGGAGGUGUGAGUCACAGGGACUUCUUCACCUACGAGGGCUCACUGACCACGCCCCUCUGCGACGAGACUGUCACCUGGAUUGUUUUCACCGAGACUACGACUGUCACCAUGUCAUCCGUCUCAAAGUUUUGGCUGUUGCGAGACCACUGGGGCCACAGGCUGAUCAACAAUUAUCGGAUUGUCCAAGAUCUAAACAAUCGCACUGUGUUCUAUAAGAAGAGAAUGUCAUAAAAGUCAUAAGUUAUAAGAACU